UUUUUAUCUUCACUGAAAUAGAUCAGUAAAAUGAUCAAGCUUCUAGUUUCUUUUACUAUCCUAUUUGUUCUCUCUUCUGCGAGACCACAAGAAAUCGACUCGAACCAAGCUGCGAUUGCAAAUACCGAAGCAAAUGAAGCUCCAGUAAUUGUUAACAAUGACGCUUCAAUGGGAAAUGCUGUCGAUUUUUCCUUUCCAACAAAUGUCCAAGUAAUGAAUUGUUUGAAGAAAGCAAAAUAUCAAGUUGUAUUCCUCCGUGGAUUUGUUCCAACUGGAAAUGGAGCUUUUGAUUCAAAUUGUGUUGGAAAUAUCAGAAAUGCUUAUUCAGCUGGAUUGGGAAUUGAGACAUACAUGACUCCUCAGCCAAUAUCAAGCUGGCAAGGAUACCAACAACUUGAUCUUCUUUAUAACGGACUCAACAAUAAUGGAAUCACUAUCCGAUCAGUCUGGAUUCAGGUUACUUCCCCUGCCAACUGGCCAAACAAUCCAACUGCCAACGUCAACUUUAUCAACAGCAUAAUUUCCCGUGCUCAACAAUAUGGUCUCUCUGUUGGAAUUUACACAAACCAAUAUGACUGGAGCCAGAUUACUGGAAAUUCGGCGAAUAUCAAUUCUAAUGUCAUGCUCUGGUAUUGGAAUGUUCUUGGAGGUGGUACUUCUGGAGAGACAAAGCCAACUUUUGCUGAUUUCCGUGCUUUCGGCCCAUUCAAGAAGGCUUCAGUGAAGCAGUAUGCUCAAGUUGAAACAGUUUGUAAUUUGGUUGUGAAUCGUGACGUGUAUGCUGUUGGAAUUCCAGCUGCUGCUCCAAAGACUGAAGUCAAUAUGGCAGAUGGUGAAAAGAUUGUUGUCGGAGGAUUUGUCGGAAACUAAUUUAUUAAACUUAUUAUCGGUUUUAUGAUCUCUUCCCAAAUAAAAUUGUUAUCAUCUGUUA